AACGUGUUAUUAUGUUAACAACUUUGAAAAUAAAAAAAUGACAUUUUUUAUGCUACAGAUAGUAUUAAAUGUCAGACAGACUAGAGCAAGGAGGUUGUGUAUGUUUUUGGCUCAGCUCAAGUUCCGAUGCAAUGUGGGAAGACGUUCGUAAAUUUGGUUUAGGUUAUUGCGACCUGCCGACCAUGAUGUGGAAUGUUUCGUUCUUACUCAGAGGAAUCGCUAUUAAUAUCGAUACAGAACAUAAGCAGCGUAUCCCCCUGGCGGUGUACGCUGUGACCGGCUCAAUAACCGUGUCGUACGUGUACGCAUUUCUGAUCUCGCUGUUAUGGUUUCUGUUCGCGCGGUGCACGGACCCCGAGGACUUCCAGGUGGCCAUGGUGGUCUUCUCGCUCGGAAUUUCCAGUGAGAUCGGCUCCACGAAGUUCUUCAACACCAUAAUUUAUAUUAAAGAACUUCGCAAGCUAUUCAAGGACUAUCUGCUGUAUGACGCGACAUGUCCGGCACAAGGGCGGCUGCGUCUACAUUUACUGACGACAUUAAGAUACGUCAAACGACGUGCGAUAAUCUAUUGGCUCGUCAUCAUUGGCAACGGAUUCAUCUUCGCUAUCAAACCGCUGCUUGUGGAAGGUCGACAUCUCGCGCAAGAUGACUUAGUUCUUAUAGGACUGGAACCGAUGAGACAGUCUCCAAACUACGAGAUAGCCUACGCCAUAAUGACAAUGGGAGUGUGUUUCAUUUGUUACCCUCCAGCCCACGUCACCAUGUUCUUGAUUAUCAUAGUCGGAUACACGGAGGCACAGAUGUUGGCCCUCAGCGAAGAACUGAAGCAUCUGUGGAACGAUGCCAUCGAACAUUACGAAAAGCAUUCACGAACAGAACGAGAAGCGGACGCGGCCAUGAAAUCGAAAAUCCUCAACAGUUUUGUUAAUUUUCGUCUAGUUCAGAUCAUUAAGAGUCAUUCGACGAAUGUCAACUUAAUAGGUCGGGUGGAGAACGUGUUCCGAGGGUCACUGGCCGUCGGAUACGUUUUUCUGAUCGUAGGGCUCAUAGCUGAGCUACUUGGCGGUCUCGAAAACACGUACCUACAGGUACCCUUCGCUCUCAUCCAAGUUGCUAUCGACUGCUUCAUCGGGCAACGCGUUAAUGACGCAAACAUUGAUUUCGAGAAAGCCGUUUAUGAUUGCAAAUGGGAGAACUUCGACAAACGCAACAUGAAGAUCGUGCUGCUGUUGCUACAGAACGCGCAGAAGACGGUGUCGCUGUCUGCGGGCGGCAUCGCUAAGCUUAACUUUAGCUGUUUUAUGUCAGUAAUAAAGUCCAUCUACUCUGCUUACACUACUCUUAGAACAACCAUGAAUAAAUCGGUGCUAUUUGGGUCCGGUAAAUUUACAUUUGGUUUAUAUUGGUUUGGGUAUAUUUGGUGCUAUUUCCCAGGGAUCCCGUUGUACUGGUACGCUGCGACCGGACUGUCCAUAGCUUGCUAUUCGUACAUAUACCAGAUCUCCAUGUUGUGGUCAGUGUUCUCCUACUUCACACGUGCAGACGAUGUACUAGCAGGCAUCGUGAUCUUCUCGCUGGGCGUCUCCAGCGAGAUAGGUCUUGUCAAACUAUGCUUCAUGUACGCCAACAUUGAUAAAAUUCAAAAAAUUACCGAAGGAUAUCUUAAAAGCGACGCUGCUUCAACGAGGAACAGCCGGUUUUCCAAGAACAUAUUACACACAAUGCAGUCCGUUAAGAAGCGCGGUAUAAUUUUCUGGCUAGUGAUAAUUAGUAAUGGAGUUGUCUACCUCGUGAAGCCAAUCGUGACGCCCGGCAGGCAUUUCAUGGAAGACCAAUUCAUCAUUUUAGGUCUCGAACCUAAGUACGAAACACCGAAUUACGAGAUUGGAUUUUUUCUGAUGGCGGUCGGAGUUUGUGUGACUUGCUACUUGCCAGCCAACAUCACGGCUUACCUGAUAACCGUAGCCGGAUAUUCAGAAGCACAGUUUUUGGCACUUGGACAUGAACUCGCAAACCUGUGGCCGGACGCUCAACUACACUGCCGCGCAAUGAACUUGAGCCAAUCAGUAAAUGAGCAAGCUAACGAAUACGUGAAAAUGCGAUUGAGAGAAUUAGUAAAAAUACAUUCCACCAAUGUCAACCUUUUGAGGGAUAUAGAGGAAGCUUUUAGAGGAGCUAUUGCUGUUGAAUUUUUACUAUUGAUUGUGGGCCUUAUAGCUGAGUUGCUGGGGGGCUUGGAGAAUACAUACAUGCAGGUGCCUUUUGCGCUGAUUCAGGUCUCGGUGGACUGCCUCACGGGACAGCGGGUGAUGGAUGCGAACUUGGCUCUGGAACGCGCGGUUUACGAUUGUCGGUGGGAAGAGUUCGAUGCAAGCAACCGUCGGGUCGUGUUGCUACUGUUGCAGAACGCACAGAAAGUAGCCACGCUGUCGGCGGGGGGCAUCGCCACCCUUAACUUCAGCUGUCUCAUGGCUGUGAUCAAAUCUAUCUACUCUGCCUAUACCACGCUUAGAACUACCAUGAAAUAAUUUAAAUUUAUUGAAAUAAAUGUG